UCAGUGAAUCCCUCACCGCGCGCGAGCACCGCACGUAAAGGAAGAGAAGGCAGACGAUGGAGGACAGUACUUCCGACGAGACGGCCGCCCGCCGUGGUCCUUUGAGGACCCGUAAGUCUCGAUCGUUGCAGAAUGUGCCAGCCAGAAGGUCGUCGCUACGACAGCCAUCCUCGGAAAGUCGUCGCCUCUCGCUCAGCAACAUAAGCGUCCGAUGGGAAGACCAGCAGCCGUCGUCAGAUCUCGAUCAAGCUGACGAAAAGUCCACGGGAGAUGCGCCUGAGCAGCGAGAUUUGGAGGCGUCUUCCACUGAACGUACAGUGGGCAGUCUGAUGCGCACGCCUGCAAAGACCUCGCUGAUUGCCGCUGUGCUCCUCGUGUCAGCUGUAGUGGCAGGCAGCCUCUUCACUGGCGCUCAUUCACACCAGUAUGGAAUGCUGGGGCGACGGUGGCGAACGCCGUCGCCCAGGCUCUGCCGAAGCGAGCCCUGUCAUAGACUGGCCUCGCUGCUUUCCGACGCAGUGAACAGGAGUGCCCGACCAUGCGUCAACUUCCACGACUAUGUCUGCGGGGGUUGGCUGCAGAGCCGAUCGGUGAGCGUUGCAAGGACUCUCCGAGGUGCGCUCAUCGAUAAGAUUACUCGAGAAGCCAGGAACGAGCAGAUUCCCGACCUUCACCAGACGCCGUCGGAAAAAGCGGCUCGCUACUUUACCGCUUGCGACGACGUCGUAUCGGCCUCUGAAGAUCACCUGGACGAAGUAAAGGCGCUCCUCCGCAAGGGCGGCAUUAUGUGGCCCGACAUGGACGCGAGAGCGGAUCUCAUAGACGCGAUAUUCUAUAUGUCCCGCGUGGUGAGAGUGCCCAUCUUGUUCGAACUGUCGUUCGAUAAAAGCGCUUCUCAGAACAAGGUUUUUGUUUUCAACACGAUGCGCAUCUUGGACAUGAUGACAAGUCGUGAGGGACAGACGAAGAAGUCCACGGCGAAGAACUUCUUCCGAACGCUGUACGAGGCGUUUUCGAGCGAACGAGUUUCCGACGUGCAAAAGCGCUUCGCGUCUCUGGCAGAGCAGCAAAGGGAGCUAUUUGCUUCUCUCAAUGCGUCCCUCAGCAGCAUGACCCAGAAAGCCACAACUACGUCAGAAAUCCAUCGCUGGACUAGAACCGUGUCCAAGAAGCGUUGGCAAGCGGCGUUCUUUAAAUACUUUAAUAUAGCGAAAAAUAGCUCGUUGCCUGUCGUUCUUGACAGCAAAAGCUACUUCAUGGCCUUUUUCGCACAUUACAGAAAAUCAGGCCCGGUUCAGACCAUGGAUCUCUACGGAUAUCUCUGCGCUGAAGCUCUGUUUUCUUUCACCAGCCAUAAAAUAAUCGCGAGCUACUAUGGUUAUCAACGCGUGUCAAGCCAGCACCGUGAGCACUGCUUCUACCAGACUGACUACUUCAUGCACUACGCGUUCCAGCACAGCCUGGUCAAGAACGUUAGCACAGAGUCGGUAAGAGAUGACGUGGCGCGCCUCGUGGCGCGUCUUGUGCGUGCCGUCGAUGACACCCUCAACACUGGCUGGUCAUUCUUUGGCGAUUGCCCGGCCUACGCCAACGACAAGGAGAGGCUGUUGGACGUGUUCCGGAAGUACGAGCCUCACUAUGUGAAGGAAACCUACUCCUCGUAUCCAGACAUGAGCAACAACCCUCUCGCAAACUGGAUCGGGGCAGCCGAAGCAGCGUCUGCAAUGUACGCUGAGGAGAUUCCAGUCGGAGAAUUGAUGUUCGGCCACGAAGCACGAGUCGCCGAGUCUCCGGUUGACCUAGCAUACCUCGACGUCCUCUGGUACACGCUGGGAGCACCCCACGCUGUUAAGCUGGCCGGACUUGGAUCGCAGGUGACAAGAAUGGUGUUCCAUGAGAUACUCUCCUCCAAGAAGCCCUGCCAGAGACUCAUGAAGAGCACGGAGAAGCUGUGGAAAUGCAUCACGGCCAGGGAGCCCGACUCGAAACACUUCAGGGCCGUCAAGGAGGACGUGUUGGUGUCUCUGCUGUCACAGAGUGUGCUAUGGCCAGUAUUCAAGGACUCACUGGCUGGUGGUUCGAGAGCACUAGCGGAGCUUGGCUCCCUGUCAGAGCCAGAGCUUUUUUUUGUCUUGACUUGUUUGCCUCUGUGCGGAGAAGAAAAUGCGGAGGCAAUGUGCAAUCUGCCGCUGAAGCACAGCCUCGAGUUCUCGCGGGUGUUCUCCUGCCGUCGCGGCGCUCAUAUGCGUCCUAAAUUCCAGUGCAGCACGAGGGCAUUGAGGCCACGUCCGGUCGACCGGCAAUAAAUGCCCCAAG